AUUAGAAAAAGUGAAGAAACUGGAAGAAACUCGUUUACUCGAAGGAGUUUUACCAAAUUUGUUUAUUUUGGAAGUUAGAAAUCAGAUUUAUCGAAGAAGCAAAGCUUUGAGAGAUGGCUGAUGUUCGUGAUUAUAAUGUCCUUAUUCUAAGUUUAUCAUUUAUGUUUAUUUUUACGGCGUUUCAAACAACUACAAUCAUUGAGGAAAGUAUAUUGAAAAGUGCAAAAAAUGAAAGUCACCAUCCCAGUUCUUUCAAAGCGAGUGGAUAUACCAGUUUGUGUAUUAUCUACGCAAGUUUUUCUCUUUUUAACUGGAUUGCACCUCCAGUAAUUUCCAUGAUUGGAUCAAAGUUUUCAAUGAUGUUGGGAGGAUUUUGUUAUUUGUUUUUCAUUUUCAGUUUGUAUUUUGUAUCAAAGUAUGUAAAGUGUGAUUUGUCUGGUCUACUUUAUGCAGCUUCAGUUGUUGUUGGUUUUGGCGCUGCGGUAAUUUGGACAGCCCAAGGAAGCUACCUUACUUUAAACUCUACAGACGAGACAAUGGGUAGAAAUAGUGGUAUAUUUUGGGCAUUUUUCCAAUGCAGUUUCCUCAUUGGGAGUAUGAUUGUAUAUUUUUGUUUUAAACCCGAAAAUGGAUCAACUCUUAUCAGUCUUCAUCAAAGAUCAAUUGUCCUUUUAAUAUUUAUUGCUCUGUCAGCUUUUGGAACAUUGUUUUUCCUAUUGCUAAGGAAACAGAAAUCGUCAACAGAGAGUGAUCGUCAGGAGAUACUUGUGGUUAACACAAGAGAUUCUGGUACAAGAACAGAAAAGAAAGGAAAUCCUAAAAAGACAUUUGUAAAUUCACUCAAGCUGUUUAUUACUAGACCUAUGUUUUUUCUCAAUGUUGUGUUCAUUUAUACUGGUCUUGAGUUGACAUUCUACAGUGGUGUUUAUGGCACAAGCAUAGGAAACACACUUCAUUUCUCUGAAUCCAAGAGAUUAAUUGGUCUUUGUGGUGUUUUCAUAGGAGUUGGUGAAAUUCUUGGUGGUGGAAUAUUUGGUAUAUUUGGUAAGCGUAUCUCAGCCAAAGGUAGAGAUUCGGCGGUAUUUCUUGGUUUGAUUGUCCAUUAUGUGGCAUUCUUUCUUAUUUUACUUAACUUACCUGAUGAAUCUCCCAAUGGAAGCAGUCACAGAAUGGGAUAUCUAAUCCAGCCAAGUGUUUAUAUUGCAAUGUUCUGUGCAUUUCUUCUUGGUUUUGGAGACAGUUGCUUUAACACACAGAUUUAUUCGUUGCUGGGAAACUUUUAUUCAGAUGAUAGUGCGUCUGCCUUUGCCAUUUUUAAAUUUUCUCAGUCUGUGGCUGCUGCUGUUGGGUUUUUUUACAGUAGUUAUUUAGGCCUAAAGUUUCAACUGUAUAUUCUGAUGAUCACUGGUUUUCUUGCUACAAUAUCCUUUUUUGUUGUUGAAAAGAUGACAAGAUCAAGACCACGAUAUCAGGCAUUUUAAGUUGAAUAGUGCGUAAAAAUAUUAAAUCAAAUAAGUCAAAUUCAAAUGAAAAUGUUUAUUUAUAAAAAUUUCAUAUCAACCUUGUGAUUUAUUACUUAAAAUAGAGACAAUAGUAAACUUUUCUAACUUAACAAUGACAUGUCUUUUGUUUGUAAUUUUCAUUUGCAAGUUACAUUUCUCAUAUUUUAUAUUGUACGUAGCUAGGAUCUGACAAUAUAAUUUAUAUAUAUACAUAUAUCUCAAUAAACAAAGCUAUCUCUUA